GCCGUGUAUAUUUUGGUCGUCUCCCCGGUCAAAUAUCUACCUGCGACUCGUACUUGAUCCCCAAGCCUUCUUCUGUCAACCACUCGUGACCAUGGCCACCCACACUCCCGCCGGGGUGCCAAUCCUCGACAUCAGGAGCGACCAGUCGGACCAGUCCCUGCUCCAUACCCUCAAGCAGUCUCUCAAUCCUCCCAAAGGGCAGCCGCGCACGUUUCCGACCUUGCUGCUCUAUGACGGUACAGAGGUUCUUGUUGUUUGAGGCACACACUAAACAAUUGUAGAAAAGGGUCUAAAGCUGUUUGAGGAGAUCACCUAUGUGGAUGAAUACUACCUCACCAACGCGGAAAUAGACACUCUCACAAGACAUGCCGGCAAGAUCGUUGGGCGGAUUCCAGACGGCGCUCGUCUCGUGGAACUGGGCAGCGGCAACCUCCGCAAAGUGAACAUCCUUCUCAAAGCAUUUGAGGAGGCAAACAAGAACGUCGAGUACUAUGCCUUGGAUCUAUCCCUGUCCGAGCUCAAGCGGACCUUUGCCCAGUUGGACAUCAACGCAUUCCACCAUGUCACUUUCCGGGCACUGCAUGGGACCUAUGACGAUGCUCUUUUGUGGCUGAAGGAAUCCGCGACUGACGCCAGGACGACCUGUGUCAUGACCAUGGGCUCGUCCCUGGGCAAUUUCACUCGAGAGGAGGCCGCUCAGUUCCUUGCUUCGUUCAAGAAAGUUUUGGCCGCCUCGGACUAUGUGAUGGUAGGGAUCGACGCAUGCCAGCAGCCUGACCGCGUCUUCCGGGCCUAUAACGACUCCAUGAAUGUGACGGAGCGCUUCUACCGCAAUGGUCUCACCCACGCUAACAACAUCCUGGGCUAUGAGGCUUUCCGGCAGGAUGAGUGGCAGAUCGAAGGCGUGUAUGACGAGAACCAGAACAAACAUCAGGCAUCAUACGUGGCCCUGAAGACGAUCAACAACAAAGAUUUUUCCUUCGAGCAAGGCGAGAAGGUCCAUUUGGAGGACGCCUUCAAGUACUCCGAGGCGCAGCGUGAUGCUCUCUGGCAUGCUGCUGGCCUAAUCCCCCAGACGGCUUACAACAACAAGACCAAUGAUUAUUAUAUUCAUCUUUUGUCGCCGUCCACCAUCAAUUUCCCCACCAAGCCAGCAGAGUUCGCUGCGAGCCCUGUCCCUUCGCUCGACGAUUGGCGACAGCUAUGGGCGGCUUGGGAUACAGUGACCAAGUCUAUGGUCCCCAAGGACGAGCUGCUCAACAAACCUAUCAAGCUGCGAAAUGACUUGAUCUUUUACCUGGGCCACAUCCCCACGUUCGCAGAUAUUCACUAUAUGAAGGCCACCAAGGAAAAGGCUACAGAUCCGGCAUACUAUAUGUCCAUAUUUGAGCGAGGCAUUGAUCCAGACGUGGACAAUCCCGAAUUGUGUCAUGACCACAGUGAGAUCCCGGACUCCUGGCCUCCUUUGGAGGACAUCUUGAACUACUCGCAACGUGUUCGCGAACGUAUCGUCGAGGGCAUUCAUUCUGGCCGGGCUUACACCGACCGCAGGCUCAGCCGCGGUCUUUGGCUUGCCUAUGAGCACGAGGCGAUGCAUUUGGAAACCUUCCUCUACAUGCUGCUUCAGAGCGAGCGUGUUCUGCCACCACCAGGAGAAGGUUUGCCCGACUUCAGAACAUUGGCCGCCGAGGCUCGCGCGAAUCGUACCUCGAACCAGUGGCAUCGCAUUCCUGCGAGCAAGGUUAAAAUCGGCUUGGACGACCCAGAGAACAACUUCGGUCCCGACAGGUACUUCGGCUGGGACAACGAGCGGCCAUCACGCACGGUAGCGGUCAAUGAGUUCGAGGCCCAGAGUCGUCCAAUCAGCAAUGGCGAGUACGCUCGCUUCUUGGAAGUUACCCACAAGGACUCUCUGCCAGCUUCGUGGACGGCCUCUAAAGUAGGUGCGGUGCUCAAUGGGACUAACGGCACAAACGGUGCGAAUGGCCAUGUUCAGGAUGAACUAGAUAUGGCCAGCCCGUCCUUUGUCGAGGACAAGGCUAUUCGAACCGUCUACGGUCUCAUCCCUCUCAAAUAUGCUUUGGACUGGCCCGUGAUGGCCUCGUACGACGAAUUGGCGGCCUACGCAGAAUGGUCCAACGGACGCAUUCCCACGCUGGAGGAGGCCCGGAGCCUUUACCAGUACGUUGAGAACCAAGACAGCGUCUUACAGAAGGUGACCAGCAAGUUGAUUUCAGCCGUGAAUGGCCAUCUCUCCAAUGAUGGUGUCCAAGAGACACCUCCAUCAACCCAUCAGUCGAAUGGUGUCGUCAACGGUAGUGCAGAUGGUCCCUCACUGGACCCCAACGAGCUCUUCGUCGAGUUGGGCGAUCGCAAUGUUGCCUUCCGCCACUGGCAUCCGACGCCUGUGACUGGCAACGCCGACCGACUCCGUGGACAGAGCGACCUUGGGGGCCUGUGGGAAUGGACCAGUACACCGUUGGCGCCACACGAAGGGUUCAAAGCCAUGGACCUGUAUCCCGGAUACACGGCUGACUUCUUCGAUAGCAAGCACAAUGUUUGUCUCGGAGGCAGCUGGGCCACGGUGCCGAGAAUUGCAUUGAAGAAGACCUUUGUCAACUGGUACCAGAGGAACUAUCCAUAUGUUUGGUGCACAGCCAGGCUUGUCAGGGAUGUGGUCGUCUGAAUGGCGAUGGAAUGUGGCCUGGAAUGCAGCCGCCCGACGUUUCAGUUUGCUUGACGCUCUUUUACCAUCGACUGUUGGGGACUCUGGCCACGUUGUGGGAAUAUCUCUGGAAUUGAAAGCAAACUUGAGAAUCGACUGCUGCAAACACCGAGCGGUCGCUGCUUCCGCGUGGAUGGCAAUAGCAAACUUGAUAUCUUAGGUAAUGGUCCGUCGUGGUCAAGCUCACUCAUUCUGCUUGGUGCGAUGUUGGCAAUGAAACAAAACCUCUCUGCUCUUCC